AUUGAUGUACAGACGGAAGAGUAAUUAAAUAAUAAAAAAUCCACCCCCUCGCACACUCCGACCCCCACCCACGAUAACCACAACUCUUGUUCAUAAACCCCAUUAAUACCACAUAGUUGUCCCUUGCAUUUUGGUUUGUACAGAAAAAGAAAUCCGCCCCCACCACUAACUUCACCAACCACCUCCAUGGCCGGCGUACAACCCACCGCCGUCGCCGGCGACUCCACUAAAAUCCCUCUUCAGAUUAUCCACGAAGUCAGUCGAAUUUCCAGUAGCGGAUUUACUGGCAUUUUCAAGAAAGACUGUACUGAUUUAGCUAGAAGAAUUUCCCUUUUGGCUCAUUUGGUUGAAGAAAUCAGAGAUUCUUCAAACACCCUUUCCCGUUGUUCCUCAUCUUCAAAUGACGGUUGUUGUUUAUUGUAUGAUCUGAUGUUAGCUCUUAAAGCUGCUAAAAGAUUGCUUUUUGCUGCUAAUGGGUUUGAUCCCAACAUCUUAGAUGAUGUGGCAAGGAAGAAAAUUGUCUUCCAAUUUCAGUGUGUGACAUGGAAGUUGGUGAAAUCCCUAGGCAGCUUACCGUAUGACCAGUUCGACAUAUCAGAAGAAGUACAAGAGCAGGUUGAAUUGAUCAGAGCACAGUUGAAACGAGCCAAAGAGAGGUAUGGUGGCCCUGUGACUUCGAAUCUGUUAUCUCGAGCAUUGUCCCAACCAUUGGAUAAGGAGAUUAAUCCACUUCAGUCGGGCAGUAGGGGAGUUGGAUGCUUACUUGUAGAGAAGGUCGGCAAUAUUGAUCACGAAGUUAGGCCAAAACUUGGAGGUGUUCCCUUAGGAAACGGCUCUAAUAUCAAUGAUUGCGGUCAGAUAGUUCAGGAACCAGAAAAGCUAAGGAAUUCAUCCAAAAUUUCUGAGGUUACUUCUCCCAAAAGUACUGGUUUGGCCAGGGAAGAUGACUCCCCGAGCAAGAAUCUUUUGGAGAAUAAGAAGCCCAAUUCUCCAAUAAUUCCUGAAGAGUAUCUUUGCCCUAUAUCCCUCGAGCUCAUGAGGGAUCCUGUGAUUGUGGCCACUGGACAGACUUACGAAAGAUCUUUCAUACAAAGAUGGAUUGACGGUGGCAACACAAGAUGCCCAAAAACUCAGCAAAUACUACAAGAUCUUACACUGACACCAAAUAUUGCUUUAAGAAGUCUCAUUUCUGAUUGGUGUUCAAAGAACAAUGUAGAUCAGCCAACUGCAUUAGCAAGUGGGAGAAUAAAGAGAAGUGAUGGAUCAUUUCGUGAUGUUAAUGGGGAUAUAGCAGCUAUUCAGGCAAUUGUGCGCAAACUUUCAAGUAGGUCCACCGAGGAUCGGAGGGCUGCAGUAGCGGAAAUCCGGUCUCUAUCCAAAAGAAGCACGGACAACAGAGUUUUGAUUGCUGAAGCUGGAGCAAUCCCGGUGUUAGUUAACAUGUUGACAUCCGAAGACAGUCAAAUCCAAGAAAAUGCCGUCACUUCUAUUCUUAACCUUUCUAUAUUUGAGAACAACAAGGGGCUUAUCAUGCUUGCUGAUGCUGUUACUUCAAUUGUUCAAGUUCUCAGAGCUGGAACCAUGGAAGCAAAAGAAAAUGCAGCAGCAACCAUCUUUAGUUUAUCACUUGGAGAUGAGAAUAAAAUAAUUAUUGGUGCAUCAGGGGCCAUACCAGCUCUUGUUGAAUUGCUUCAGACUGGAAGCACCAGAGGGAAGAAAGAUGCUGCAACAGCAUUAUUUAACUUAUGCAUAUAUCAAGGAAAUAAGGGCAGAGCUGUUCGGGCAGGGAUUAUACCAGCACUGUUAACGAUGCUGACAGAUUCGAGUAGCUGCAUGGUUGAUGAAGCUUUGACCAUUCUUUCAGUUCUUGCCAGCCACCAAGAGGCCAAGGCCGCCAUAUCAAAAGCUUGCACGAUCCCUGUAUUGAUAGAUCUACUAAGGACAGGUCUACCUCGUAAUAAAGAGAAUGCUGCUGCUAUCUUGCUCUCCUUGUGCAAAAGAGAUUCCGUGAAUUUAUCUUGCCUUCGUAGGCUCGGUGCACUUCUACCUCUUUCGGAGCUUGCUAAUAGUGGCACAGAGAGGGCCAAAAGGAAGGCUACCUCAUUGUUGGAGCACCUUAGAAAACCUCUGCAGCCUUGACUGGUAUUGUUUCAGUGAAGGAUUCAUUAAUUGCUUCUUUCAUUCUUACCUAACCGUGAGUUACACAAUUCCAUUUAUAGUGUGAAAAAAAUCUGAGAAAACAAGCAUGAGAAAAUUAAGUCAUUCUCACUGCUCUGUGUAUCAGCGUAUCUAUUUACUCCGUUUUCGAGUGAGUCACUGAUUCGUUUGACCUAUUUACUUCCAUUAUUUGUUACUAAUUGAUCAAUUUGAGGUUUGUCACGCCAAGGUGCGAUGAGUAUUAUCAACUUUUGUAUAAAUGAAACAUUCUGAUAUCUGGAGAAUUGUACUUUCUUUUCCUUUA